UCAAUAACUGUAUGGAACAUUUCCAGCCAGGUUUGGAGACGGAUUAUAUGACUCCUAUAUGAGGAUAGAUCAGCUUAGGUACCAAGAGUCUGCAAAUGAAGAGCACAGCCCCUCAGGACUGCCUUCCCUUGGGAGAUCUAACGUUUGUAGCAACAAACUUGCAAUGAAGGAUCACCCUCUGAGUGGGAGCCAGGUCAAAGUGGAACAAUUGUUUGAGGACUCUGGGAACAGGAGGAGUAGUACCCUUCAGUCUGCAGGAAUUACUUGUUCAGAAAGAUCUCUUCCUUCCCUGACAAAAGAUAAAAGCAUAGAGAGCUUAAGCACUUCUAAAGGUGGCAGCAGUUCCUCAAAAGCCCACAAAGCCGUUUCCCAGGCUCCAGAACAAGCUGUCAAACAGUACAAGCAUCAAUUAUCUGCGUAUGAGCAGCAAGAGAUAUUUAACUUCUCUGAGAUUUACUUUGUGGGUCCAGCUGCAAAGAAGAGGCAAGGAGUGAUUGGUGGACCCAACAACGGAGGUUAUGAUGAUGACCAAGGCAGCUACAUUCAUGUGCCCCACGACCAUCUCGCUUACCGCUAUGAAGUGCUCAAAAUCAUUGGCAAGGGCAGUUUUGGACAAGUUGCUAAAGUCUAUGAUCACAAACUCCACCAGCAUUUAGCCUUAAAGAUGGUUCGUAAUGAAAAGAGAUUCCAUCGGCAAGCAGCAGAAGAAAUCCGGAUCCUGGAGCACCUGAAGAAGCAGGAUAAAACUGGCAGUAUGAACGUUAUUCACAUGCUGGAAAGCUUCACCUUUCGGAACCACAUCUGUAUGACCUUUGAACUCUUGAGUAUGAACUUGUACGAGCUGAUAAAAAGAAAUAAGUUCCAGGGCUUCAGCAUCCAGCUGGUGCGCAAGUUUGCUCACUCUAUACUGCAGUGCUUGGAUGCUCUCUAUAGAAACAAAAUCAUACACUGUGACUUGAAGCCGGAAAAUAUCCUCCUCAAACAGCAAGGGAGGAGUGGAAUCAAGGUUAUAGAUUUUGGGUCCAGCUGUUUUGAGCACCAAAGAGUCUACACGUACAUUCAGUCUCGAUUUUAUCGAGCACCGGAGGUAAUUCUAGGGAGUCGCUAUGGGAUGCCCAUAGAUAUGUGGAGUUUUGGCUGUAUUCUGGUGGAGCUAUUGACUGGAUACCCUCUUUUUCCUGGAGAGGACGAGGGAGACCAAUUGGCUUGUAUGAUGGAACUUCUUGGAAUGCCCCCUCAGAAGCUUUUGGAUCAAUCCAAGCGAGCCAAGAACUUUAUCAACUCCAAGGGUCAUCCUCGCUACUGCACUGUAACUACACAUGCAGAUGGAAGAGUGACCCUCAACGGGAGCCGAUCGCGCAGGGGAAAAGUGCGAGGUGCUCCAGGGAACAAGGACUGGGUGACAGCACUGAAAGGCUGCGACGAUCCCUUGUUCAUAGAGUUCUUAAAGGAAUGUCUCAGCUGGGACCCUGCUGUGCGCAUGACUCCAAGUCAAGCUUUAAGGCACCCCUGGAUUUGCAAACGAACACCCAAACCACCCAGCACUGAUAAAACCUCCAGUAAAAGGAUUUCUAGCUACACGAGUUCCUUCACAGGAAUUGGUUCCAAGUUGCCUCCUGUGGUCGGGGUAGCAAACAAGCUGAGGGCUAACUUAACAUCCGAUGCCAAUGGCAGUAUACCUUUAUGUACUGUGCUGCCGAAGCUGGUCAGCUAGUAGCAAAUGACAUCUUGCCAGAAUACCUACUUUUUAUUUUAAUUAUUUGUUAAUAACGUCAAAGGAAGCUAAAGGCAGAGGUUUUUAAUGGAUUUAAACGUUUAAAGGCCUAACUUUUAUCAAACUGUUUCUCUCGCAGCGUGGUGCGUGUGGCAUCUGGGUAGGUCAGCUCAUCUGAUGGGUAACGUGGCAGUUUGGCUGCUAUGCUAUUUAAUAAUACUCUUUUGGAAACCAAACUAGUUCUUAUCAAGACAGGUUAGGAGAUUAUUUUGCUUAAGACAGCAAGGGAAAACGACUUAUAAUGUAUAUUUUCAGUUAAUCUCCAAAUUAAGUUUUUUUUUUUUUUUAGAUUUUAUUCUGGGGAGAGUUUUUACAUCUGUUGUCACAAGCACAAAUGCAUUAUUGGUGUAAUGCAUUAAGAACUCACUAACUUAUGUCUGAAAGAUUGGACUCCUCUGUGCUGCUUUUCCCUCUUCUAUUCUAAGAAUUUUAAGAAAUACCUUUGGGUAGAAACACCAACAAAUUUGGUGUUGGCAUUUUGUAGUCUGAUUUAAUUUUAUUUUUUUUUCCAGGAACACUAUGGAACACAGGAGGUGUAGAUAGAUGUAAUGCCUGCACACGUGCUAUUUCCCUUAACAGGCUAUGGAAGGCUGACAGGGAAGCUCAAGGAGCAGAAGGAGUCCAUUGCAGGCGUGGGCUGCUUUGUUUAGGGCUGAUGAUUCCAUUACACAUUUCUUGGAGCUCAGAUUUAUAAGUUUUCCCAGGUGUGUGUGUGUGUGUGUGUGUGUGUGUGUGUGUGUUUGCUCAUUGGUGUGAGUUCUUGGUUGGUUUGGUUUUGUUGUUGUGUGUGGAGUGAAUUCCAUUAAAUUCCAUGGAACUCUAAAGCAUGCCACCCUGAGCAGGCAAGUAAAAGUUCUCGAGACUUAGGAUAUAAUAAAACAUGUGUGGAACAGCCCUAAUAAAUAGAAUAGCUCUCCAAAAUCUCAAUGUGAUCUCAGGAAGGACUGAUAAGAUGCAAAAAUUCAUAGAUCCAAAUCAAACUGCGUUAUGAGAUGAAUUAUUUUAAUUCUAAUCGCAUUCCUUUGGGACUGUGAGAGAUGUUUCUGCAUGCUUGAGAUGUGUAAGCUUCUAAUUUCUUUAUCUUCCAAGAACAUGGGGUGAUGGUGUGACCUGUAACGACAACAGCACAGCUUGUUCUGGUUCUUAGCUCUUGGAGCCACAUGGCAUGGGUCCAUUUACAAAAACAUCUGAUCUCCUGCCAGGUUCCUGAAUGCAAUUUUAAACACAAUUUAGAGCCUUUAUGAAGAGAGGGUUUUAAAUUUAAUGAGUUUCUCUGCAGCAAGUUUUUAGUAUUAAAACAAGGAGACUUGUUCUACAAACAAAAAAAGGCUCAGGGUGAUUUGUAAGAUAAGGUGACCACAUGUUCAAUAACAGAGCUGCCUUCUGAGAAGAUGGGGCUGUACUUUCAGCUUCGCCCUGCUCUAAUUACAGCACUGCUCAAAAGCUGGAUGGAAAGGCCAAAGAGUCAGAGCCAAAGCCCUAGGCUUCCCACAACUGUCCUUUAAGCAGAGAUUCUCACACAGGAGCUUUGCUGACUUCUGUUUCAUGAGGGUAAAUGCACUAAGCUCAGUGAUGCUAUUAAAAUAGCGAAGUCUAGCUUUUAUCCGCGUGGCCACGAGCAACACCAGUGCACGUGUUGUGUCUGUGGUUCACUUCGUAAUAAGGCACGAGUGGUAUUUUUGUUUGGCAAAGCUGGGUGGUGUUUUGUUAGAACGUACAACCGAGGAAACAGAUUGUGGGGGGAUGUGGGGGAAUACACCACCAAUUUUAGCAGCAUCUCUAAUAGAUGUGACACGUUUCUCAAAGCCAGGAACAUCCCGUUUCCUCCUCUGACUUUCCUAUUUGCAUUUUUAACUGUUGUUAUUUUUUUUUAAACCAGCUGGGUGAGGAAGAAGGGGAACCUUUUGAAGAGCAGUAGCUUGGUAAGAAAGAUGUGUAGAAGAAGAGCACUUUCUAUAGAAAGAACUGUACAGUGGUGGUAGUGUUUGGAGCCAGGAAGAAGACAGAGAGUUUGUGUUAGGAGCUAUGCAAGGAGAAGAUGGAAUACCCUUUUUUUCAGGAGCAGCGACCAGUGGCUUGGCUGUAGGACACUUUUCAUCUCUAAAAUACCCAAUGUGGAAUGAUUAUUCUCCUGGGACUUCUGGGAUCUGGUUAUGACAAGGUAACUUCUCAUGUCACAGCUGUGAAACUACAAAUGGAGUCAUUAGCUGGCAAAAAACGUUGCCUUUUUCCCUCAAAAAUGUGUUCACCUUGACCUGACCGAGCAAGGUGCCCUCUGCGAGCUGCACACGUUUAAGAAUCAACCUUAUUUACCUGGGACUAUUCCUGUGUUUUAAAAUCACACACUUAGUUAACUAUCUUGCUAAUUGGAGGCUCUGGUCUAGGUGGCCACAGCAGAUGAGAAGGAAAAAGAAGCAACUUUGGAAGAUUUCGACUAUAUUGAAAAAAGGUUCUACAUAACCCAGAGAGCACAGCUCUGUUUUUAUUUACUAAGCCCCAUUUCUUUAUGCAGUAUUUGCUUUCUAGGAGGAGUGUGGCACGGUGUGCCCAAAGUGGGAGAGCCCUCCUUCAAGGGAGAUAAUAAAUUCCAUGUCUGGGAGAGCUGAAUUCUCAUCCCUACAAACACUUCACUUGUUGAACUCGUGGUGGGUUCCUAUGGGAAUCACACACAGCCAUGCUCACAGGGCUGGAACACAGGCUGUGUUGUUAACAGUGUCGUUUAUCAACCACGGGUAUGUUUGCAGUGUCAGUCUUCAGUGAGAUGAUGUCAAAUCUCAAAUUCACAUUUGCUCUUUGGGAAGCUAAGCACUAUAAUGAGGUCUGAGGUUGUCAGGAGUGCAUCGCUUUUGCUACUUGUGAUACUGGUUAGGAUGCUGAAGUGAUACAGGGCUGAACUCAUCUGAAUAGAGAACAAAACAGUGUUUGUUUUUGAGGAACCUCUUUGUCUUGUCAGCACACGUGAGGUUCCCCUGCACCCUCAAUCAUGUUCUCUUAGGAAGUUAGCAUGACACGAAUGCCAAUUGCUUGGGAUUCUGAACAAAACAGACAUCACGUUUCUAGGACUUGUAACGAAGUCAUCCAGACUUGUUUUUCAGUGUUCCUUAUGAUGUUCCUUCUGUUUGACUGCUCGUUAUCAUUACUCUUUGUGUUGGAAGUAACACGCUGUUUAUUGUCUGCAUUUUUAUCUGUUUGUUUGAGCAAUAUUUUUAAUACAAAACAAAUGACAAGGCACGAGCAUCUGCCAGAUAUGCAUUGCUUUUACGUUGGGGUCCAAAUACCACGCAGCUGUCUCAGUUGCAAGGAGCAACUUGUUUCUGUUUGAACUCAGUGGGGCAGCGAUGUGGUCACUGUGGGAUGUGGUGCUGCAGCCCCCAAAGCAGGCUGGUUUGGGCUCAUCAAGGGCUGGUAGUGCACACACUGCCUCCAAUGUGCUCUUUGCUAGGGUUUGCUGCCCGGUCUGUCCUGUCUGAACAGGAGUUCUGCUUGCCUGGUUAGCUCAGAGCUCAGAACAAACCCCUCUGUAAGGUUUGAGGUGUGUUAUGCAGUCUGCCAUUGUUUACAAUAGCUGUGAGGGCUUCCGUGCAGUUGGAAGCUGUUGGAAUUAGGAAUUUAGCAGUAGAGGUUCUUUGCAAUGGUCAUCUUUGAAUCUACCUCUGAAAUAACCCUCGGGUCCUUUCUAAAGGGAUGUUCACUGCAGACUGCAGCUCUAUUUUUUUUUUUUUAAACACUGAUAGCUGUUUUGGCUGUGAAAUGUACACAUGAUGAUCUCAGCAAUGUCUUACUAAUCCUAUCCACACAAGCGAAAGGCUGAUUGUGCACUCAGAUCUGAGCUGAAAUGAUUGACACAAAUCCCCUGCCUGCCAAAGUUUAAUGCUGGUAUGGAAGCGAAGAGCCAAAAUAACAUGGGAAGAUCUGCAGUGCUUCUGUGUGGUACCCAGCUGGGAUGGAAAGCAAGCCACAGUGAAAGACUUUUCCUUAAUUAAAAGAGCUUGCAGCUUUUCCAUGCGUUGAGCACUAGGAGCUGUGGGUACCCAGCAUGUCAAAAACUGGACACCAUGGUUUUUAUAUCUGAUGUGUAUCAAAGAUACCACUUGAUUGUUACUUUUUUUUAACUUGAUAAGGGUUUGGGGAAAUGUCUACGCUUCCUACUUUGCAUAAAAGAGGCCUUGAGUGUUCACAAGCUCCACCAACACUUUGUUCUCAGCUCCCACUGUCGCAUUUUAGACCUUGGGGUCAUCAGAGCAGCCUUGCAUGGGUGAGCAUCGCUGUGUUCAGAGGGAGCACAGACUCCAGCCCUGCAGGAAUAACCCGUGUUCCCUAUCCAUAGUACUGUGCCUUAUUAUUUGACCAGCCUACAUUUGUCUUGGUGCAAUGAAUUUACUAUUCAGGGUUUCUUAUACUUUGCAGCUGUCCACACUAAAUGUCGGUGCGUGUGAGGAAUUCACAGGUUAGCCUUCUUAUUGUAAAUAUUGUGAGGUGGAAAUGUAGGAAACACUUAAGGUGCAUGUGAACAUAACCCUGGAAGGAACACUUUAAGUCGGUCUCAAGCUCUGUAUCUCAAUGUGACGGGCAGAUAUUUCCUAAUGUUGUACUUCAGUUUGUUUUUAAAAGAAAAUAAAUGCGUAAUUUUCUUUAGCAUCA